AUGCCGCUGGUGAAAAGUGAUGAUCUUGGUCGUGAUGAAGGGGCUGCAGAGUCGUUGCUGCAGAGGCACGCUCGUUUGGAGGAAGAAAUCCAUGCUUAUAGAGCCGAUAUUGUUCGACUUGAAGAAAUGAGCCAACAACUUGCCAAUAGCUCAUUCCAUACUGCGACAACAAGCAGUCAAGAGACAGAAGAGGUGUCCGUGCCACAGAUUGAAAUGCUCUACAAGUACGAUGGGAACGGUAUGUCCGUUGCCAAAGGUGAAGUCCUCGCUCUGUUAGAACAGUCAACUCCGGAAUGGUGGCGUGUGUUGAAGCAAGAUGGUACUGAAGGAUUCGUUCCGGCGAAUUACUGUAGAAAAGUGCCAGGAGAAUUG